AUGGAUAAGAAAACCAUGUUUGCGUCUAAAGAUUCAGUGGUGAUCGUGUUACUGAGGUGUGUGGUCGUGCUGCUGAAUCCACGGAAGAACAAACAGCAUCACAUCUUCAACAGCUCCAGGAAGGCAAUCACGACGCUGGCAUUUUCGCCGGACGGGAAGUAUGUGGUCACAGGAGAGAGUGGUCACAUGCCGGCGGUCCGGGUCUGGGAGGUAUCAGAGUGCAUUCAGGUGUGCGAGCUGCAGGAACAUAAAUAUGGCAUUGCGUGCGUGGCGUUCUCUCCAAAUGGGAAGUACAUUGUCAGCGUGGGCUACCAGCACGACAUGGUGGUCAACGUAUGGAACUGGAAGAAAAACGUAGUCGUGGCGUCCAAUAAGGUGUCCAGCAAAGUGACCGCCGUCUCCUUCUCGGAUGACAGCUCCUACUUCGUUACCGCUGGAAACCGACACGUCAAGUUCUGGUACCUGGACCACGCCAAGACCUGCAAGGUGAACGCCACCGUGCCCUUGCUCGGGCGCUCGGGACUGCUCGGCGAGCUGAGGAAUAACUUCUUCAGUGAUGUGGCGUGUGGGCGGGGCAGACAAGCCGCCUCCACCUUCUGCAUCACCUCCUCCGGCCUGCUGUGCGAGUUCAACGACCGGCGGCUCCUCGACAAGUGGGUGGAGUUAAGGAGGGUCGACUCUGUCGCCACGUCUCAGGCCACCUGUCUGUGUGUCACUGAUGACUUCAUCUUCUGUGGCUGCUCCAAUGGGACGGUUCGAGCCUUCAGCCCCGCCAACCUGCACUUCCUGUGCACCCUGCCCCGGCCACACUGCCUUGGCGUUGAUGUCGCCAGUAUGGUGGAAGCCAGGUAACACACACCUGUACCUUAUUUUACUACAGCUUACUGUAGUCGGUAUGUAGCCCUACUAUAGCUAUCUGAACGCUACCCCAACAGAAGUCGAUUAUCUUGUUAAUAAUUUCACCUCCUCACUACGUACGACUCUGGAUA